AACCUAGAUUUGGAUGGGCUACGGCAGUCUUUCAAUUUAUAUUGACCCAACUACCCUUUUGAUUGAAGCCAACAGAGAUAACGAGGCUUCAGGAAUUCAAAAAUAAACCAGGAUCCACUAUAUUAUAGCUUCUCAUAAUUUCUAUCCAGACUAUUAAGCCCAUCCUUUUGGCACUCAUGUCAAGUGGACAUCGUUUUUUUCUUGUUUACUCAACCUUUCAGUAAGUAGAGAGCUUAGAGAACAUAAUGGAGAAGCAAAGAGGACAUGUGAUAGUGCUCACAUACCCUGCCCAAGGCCACAUCAACCCACUCCUCCAAUUUGCCAAACGCUUGGCCUCCAAAGGUCUCAAGGCCACUCUUGCCACUACCCAUUACACCGUCAACUCCAUCCGUGCCGGUGGCGUUGGCGUCGAGCCAAUCUCCGAUGGCUACGACGACGGCGGCUUCAAGCAUGCCCCAAGUGUAGAAGCCUACUUAGAGUCAUUCAAAAUGGUUGGUUCAAGAACUCUAAAUGAACUCAUACUCAAGUUCAAACACUCAGCCUCUCCUGUGAACUGUCUUGUGUAUGACUCCCUGCUUCCUUGGGCUCUGGAUGUGGCUAAACAAUUAGGCAUUUAUGGAGCUGUGUUCUUGACUAACUCGGCUUCUGUCUGCUCCAUGUACUGGCAAAUUGAGCAUGGUCUCCUGACCUUGCCUGUGAGGCCAGAAAUGGUGCCUCUCUCCCUGCCUGGCCUUCCUCCACUUGGGGUUUCUGAUAUGCCAAGUUUUAUUGCGCAGCCUGCUACUCACUCUGCUUAUCUGGCUGUGAUUAUGGAAAAGUUUUCCAUCUUGGAACAGAAUGAUUGGGUGUUUGUCAACACAUUUGAGGACUUGGAAAGUGAGCUUGCAAAGGUCAUGUCGGGUCUCUGGCCUUUGGUGAUGGUCGGUCCGAUGGUACCAUCAGCAUUCCUAGACCAACAAAUCGAGGGAGAUACAGAUUAUGGAGCCAAUUUUUGGGAGCCUGUUGGUGAUCGAUGCUUGAGAUGGCUCGAGACAAAACCACCCAAGUCAGUGAUUUAUGUGGCUUUUGGAAGCAUGGCAGAGAUUGCAGCCAAACAGGUUGAAGAAAUAGCAUGGGGAUUGAAAGGAAGCAACAAGCACUUCCUAUGGGUUAUGAAAGAGUCUGAAAAUGAGAAGUUGCCGGUUGAAUUUCUCAACUCAAUAGAUGAAACAGGGUUAGUUGUGACAUGGUGUAACCAGCUAGAGGUGUUAGCUCACCAAGCCGUGGGAUGCUUCAUGACGCAUUGUGGAUGGAACUCAACGUUGGAGGGGUUGAGCCUUGGCGUGCCGAUGUUGGCUAUGUCGCGCUGGAGCGACCAGCCAAUGAAUGCCAAGUUCCUGGAGGAUGUGUGGAGGGUGGGUGUAAGAGCCAAGAAGGAUGAAGAAGGAAUUUUGAGAAGAGAAGAACUUGAGAUGUGCAUAAAGGAGAUUAUGGUUGGAGAAAAAAGUGAUGAGAUUAGAAAGAAUGCCUCCAUGUGGAGGGAGUCUGCUAAGAGUGCAGUCAGUAGAGGUGGGAGCUCAGAUAAGAACAUUGAUAAAUUUGUUGAAGUGUUACUGGUGGGAAGGAGUAAAUGAAUUUGUAGAAGUGUUACUGGUGGGAAAGAGUAAAUAAAUUUGGUGGCUGGUUCUAUGAUUCUGAUGCACUAAAUGAAAUUUUAUGCUGAAGUUAUAUUACAAAA